UCCCAAUUUGCCAAUGACAGCUUCAUUCUCACAUGCCAUUCUGCUGUAAUAUAUAUAUAUUCAAUAUCUUGCGGUCAUAUAUUGCUAUUAAAAAAAUAUGGCAAUUGAGCAGUGCAAGGAAAUUGAGAGUGGAGAAGAAAAUGGGGUUCAAAAUUUGCAAGAGCCUUUCAUUCAACAUGGAAAGGAUGGUGCUGUUAAAUGUAAAGAUAUUGAAUCUAAUCAAAGAGUUGAAAAUGGAUCCAUUGGAAUGGUUCUGCUCAGCACAUUUGUGGCUGUUUGUGGUUCUUUUUCAUUUGGAACUUGUGUGGGCUAUUCAUCACCCACUCAAGCAGCUAUAAGGGCAGAUCUUAAUCUAUCUAUUUCUGAGUUUUCCAUGUUUGGUUCUUUAGUAACAAUUGGUGCAAUGAUUGGAGCUAUAACAAGUGGUCGGAUUACGGAUUUCAUUGGUCGAAAAGGGGCAAUGAGAAUGUCAACAGGAUUUUGCAUCACAGGAUGGUUAACUAUUUUUUUCUCAAAGGAUCCUUACUCACUUGAUAUGGGAAGAUUUUUUACAGGAUAUGGAAUUGGAGUUAUUUCAUAUGUGGUCCCUGUAUAUAUAGCUGAAAUUGCACCGAAAAAUCUUCGAGGUGGACUUGCAACCACAAAUCAGCUUAUGAUUGUUAUUGGAGCAUCAGUCUCAUUCUUAAUAGGAAGUAUUUUAAGUUGGAGAGAAUUAGCCUUAGCAGGGAUUGUUCCUUGUAUUUUCUUGUUGAUUGGUUUGUGCUUUAUCCCUGAGUCUCCUAGAUGGCUGGCUAAGGUUGGCCUUGAAAAAGAAUUUCAAGUAGCUUUAAGGAGACUUCGAGGGAAGAAUGUUGAUAUUUCUAACGAAGCUGAUGAAAUUCUUGAUUAUAUUGAAACUCUUGAAUGCCUUCCUAAAACUAAGCUUUUGGAUUUGUUCGAGAACAAACAUGCGCGAUCUGUAGUUAUUGGUGUUGGAUUAAUGGUAUGUCAACAAUCUGUUGGAAUUAAUGGUAUUGGAUUUUAUACAGCAGAGACAUUUAAGGCAGCUGGACUUUCUUCAGGAAAAGUUGGUACCAUAGCAUAUGCUUGUAUGCAGGUUCCAUUCACUGUGUUGGGAGCCAUUUUGAUGGAUAAAUCUGGAAGAAGACCACUUAUAAUGGUUUCAGCGAGUGGAACAUUUUUAGGCUGCUUUAUGACUGGAAUUGCUUUCUUUCUCAAGGAUCAAAAUUUAAUGCUUGAAUGGGUACCAAUAUUAGCAGUUGCUGGUGUUCUGAUAUACGUAGCAGCAUUUUCAAUUGGAUUGGGACCUGUUCCUUGGGUGAUAAUGUCUGAGAUAUUUCCCAUACAUGUGAAGGGAACUGCUGGGAGCUUGGUAGUUUUGAUAAACUGGCUAGGAGCUUGGAUUGUUUCAUAUACUUUCAACCUUCUUAUGAGCUGGAGUUCUCCUGGUACUUUAUUUUUAUAUGCUGGAUGUUCCCUGUUAACUAUUCUUUUCGUGGCAAAGUUAGUCCCAGAAACCAAAGGAAAAACAUUAGAAGAAAUUCAAGCAUGUAUCAAUUCAUAAAGAGGAAUUAAAAAGCUUAGUUGGGCAAAUUCUGGAUUUCCCUCCUAAUUUGUUACCAAAUCCCAGUCAUCUCUAUACUAUUAUUUGAUUGAUGGUGAUGUUGGUCUGUUGGGGACCAAGCUGAAACGAGUUCACAUACUCUCAAUUUGAGAAAAUGAGAGUUUUAUUAAAAUGUGUCAAUGUACACACAGAAUUAUAUUAAUAAAAUUAUAUAAUAUUUCUUAAAAAUAGAA